CCAGUGAUGCGAGCCGGCUGGGAGGCGCGCCGAGGCAGCCCGAGCCGCGCGCCGCGUCGCUGUAAUCGGACACCCGAGCGCUCGCCCCCGGCGCCCGGCCACUCUCCAUUCCCUCCGAGGUGCUGGAUUGAGCGACGCGGACAAGGGCGCCGGCUGCCGCGGCUCCGCUGCGCUGAGGAUUCCUGUACAAAGAAACUCAGAGGACCGGGAGGAAAGGAUUUCACCGCCGAGACAUUCUAGAAAUUAAGGUCUGCUGGGAAAAGGGACGUGAGACACACGCGGAUUCAACCCGGUGGCAAGUUGAGGACUUUUCCUGGCUGAUUUCUUCCAAUCUCGGUAUUUCCCCCUGGAUAUUAACUUGCAAAUUUGAAGAAAUGGCAUUCCGGGCAAUUUGCAUGUUGGUUGGAGUAUUUAUUUGCUCUAUCUGUGUAAAAGGAUCUUCCCAGCCCCAAGCAAGAGUUUAUUUAACAUUUGAUGAGCUGCAAGAAACCAAGACCUCUGAACACUUCAGCCUAUCCCACCACCCUUUAGACUACAGGAUAUUAUUAAUGGAUGAAGAUCAGGACCGGAUAUAUGUGGGCAGCAAAGAUCACAUUCUUUCCUUGAAUAUUAACAACAUAAGUCAAGAACCUUUGAGCGUUUUCUGGCCAGCAUCUACAAUCAAAGUUGAAGAGUGCAAAAUGGCUGGCAAAGAUCCCACACAUGGUUGUGGGAAUUUCGUCCGUGUAAUCCAGACUUUCAAUCGCACUCAUCUGUAUGUCUGCGGGAGUGGUGCUUUCAGUCCAGUCUGUACUUAUUUGAACAGAGGAAGGAGAUCAGAAGACCAGGUUUUCAUGAUUGAUUCCAAGUGUGAAUCCGGAAAAGGACGCUGCUCUUUCAACCCCAAUGUGAACACGGUGUCUGUUAUGAUCAAUGAGGAGCUUUUCUCUGGAAUGUAUAUAGAUUUCAUGGGGACAGAUGCUGCUAUUUUUCGAAGUUUAACCAAGAGGAAUGCAGUCAGAACUGAUCAACACAAUUCCAAAUGGCUGAGUGAACCUAUGUUUGUGGAUGCACAUGUCAUCCCAGAUGGCACGGAUCCAAAUGAUGCUAAGGUGUACUUCUUCUUCAAGGAGAAACUGACUGACAACAACAGGAGCACAAAACAGAUUCAUUCCAUGAUUGCUAGAAUAUGUCCUAAUGACACUGGAGGACUGCGUAGCCUUGUCAACAAGUGGACCACCUUCUUAAAAGCGAGGCUGGUGUGCUCGGUAACAGAUGAAGAUGGCCCAGAAACACACUUUGAUGAAUUAGAGGAUGUGUUUUUGCUGGAAACCGAUAAUCCAAGGACAACACUAGUAUAUGGCAUUUUUACGACAUCAAGCUCAGUUUUUAAAGGAUCAGCAGUGUGUGUGUAUCACUUAUCUGAUAUACAGACUGUAUUUAAUGGGCCUUUUGCCCACAAAGAAGGGCCCAACCAUCAGCUGAUUUCCUAUCAGGGUAGAAUUCCAUACCCUCGCCCUGGAACUUGCCCAGGAGGAGCAUUUACACCCAAUAUGAGAACCACCAAGGAGUUCCCAGAUGAUGUUGUCACUUUUAUUCGGAACCAUCCUCUCAUGUACAAUUCCAUCUAUCCAAUCCACAGAAGGCCUUUGAUCGUCCGUAUAGGCACUGACUACAAGUACACAAAGAUAGCUGUGGAUCGAGUGAAUGCUGCUGAUGGUAGAUACCAUGUCCUGUUUCUUGGAACUGAUCAUGGUACUGUGCAAAAGGUGGUUGUGCUUCCUACUAACAGCUCUGCAAGUGGGGAGCUCAUUCUGGAGGAGUUGGAAGUCUUUAAGAAUCAUGCUCCUAUAACAACAAUGAAAAUUUCAUCCAAAAAGCAACAGUUAUAUGUGAGCUCCAAUGAGGGGGUCUCCCAAGUGUCUCUGCACCGCUGCCACAUCUAUGGUACGGCCUGUGCUGACUGCUGCCUGGCAAGGGACCCUUACUGCGCCUGGGAUGGACAUUCUUGCUCUAGGUUCUACCCAACUGGAAAGCGAAGGAGCCGGAGACAAGACGUGAGACAUGGAAAUCCACUGACUCAAUGCAGAGGAUUUAAUCUAAAAGCAUACAGAAAUGCAGCUGAAAUUGUUCAGUAUGGAGUAAAAAAUAACACCACUUUCCUUGAGUGUGCCCCCAAGUCUCCGCAGGCAUCUGUCAAGUGGUUGUUACAGAAGGACAAAGACAGGAGGAAAGAGGUCAAGCUAAAUGAACGAAUUAUAGCCACUUCACAUGGACUCCUGAUCCGCUCUGUUCAAGAUUCUGACCAAGGACUGUAUCAUUGCAUUGCAACAGAAAACAGCUUCAAGCAGACCAUAGCCAAGAUCAACUUCAAAGUUUUAGAUUCAGAAAUGGUGGCUGUUGUGACUGACAAAUGGUCCCCAUGGACCUGGGCCAGCUCUGUGAGGGCUUUACCCUUCCACCCAAAGGAUAUCAUGGGGGCAUUCAGCCACUCAGAAAUGCAAAUGAUUAAUCAAUACUGCAAAGAUACUCGACAGCAACAUCAACAGGGAGAAGAAUUACAAAAGAUGAGAGGGGACUAUGGCAAGUUAAAGGCUCUCAUCAACAACCGGAAAAGUAGAAACAGGAGGAAUCAGUUGCCAGAGUCCUAAUAUGUUUUUCCAUGGGGCUUAUGCUUCCAGUAACAAAUGCUCUGUCUUCAGUGGCUAAAUUUGAGCAAAGAAUCUUGUCCUUUACCCAUGAGAAAUUCCUGGAAAAUGGUGAUGACUCACUCCUAAAGUGAGUUUUCCAUGAACUGAAAUGAGCAUGCAUUUUCUUGUAUGAUAAUGACUAGCACUAGACACGUCAUGGUCCUUAUGGUGCUUAUAAAUAUUUAACUUAACCCAGAUUUUAUUUAUAUCUUUAUUCACCUUUUCUUUGAAAUCAAUAUGUUGGCUACAAAACUAGAAUUGUUACAUCUCCCUACUGAAUUAGGGCCAUAACCCUGUGAUACUCCUUCUCUGCUUUAGGGUUUAGAUUUCUAAUUGUCAAUGAUUUUAUAUAUGAAAAAUUCCAAAUUCAAUGUUUUCAAAUAGUAAAAGUCAUAUAAAUGCAUGUAACAGAGUGGCUAGCAAAAGAAAUGUAGACUAGACAGAAGACAGGGAAAGAGCAUCUAAAAGUUGUAUUAAAACAUAAAUGAUUCAUAAAGAGAAAAUUAUGAAUUUAUAUGCUGCCAUGAAACAUAUUAUUGUUGUUUUUUUAAGAUUGUAAAAGGUGUCAGUUGCUGAUAUCUCUCAUCAAUAUUUGUUUCCUUGUUUCACAAAGAUAAAAUGAAUAACCUACACCAUAAACAUCUUUAAUGGGAGUUCUAUCAGUGAAGCAUUUAAGUUUAUGUUCUUACGUUAUCAUCUUCCAAACAAAAGCACUUUCUUUUUUUGGAAGU